AUGUCUAAGAUUCUUCUACACUAUACCAAUCAGAUCAAAGUUCAUCACAAGUUUACAUCUGCAUUUCACCCUAGAACCAAUGGUAAAUGUGAGCGUUUAAACAGUAUUCUCAAGCAAAUGCUGCGCAAAUAUGUUCAUGGUGCCAUACACCACUAG